AGUUGUGUUUGCAAUAACAAACGGAAGAAAAACAUAAGUUUGAUUAUGCGAUCACCAUUUGGUAUAUCAAGAAAAGAUUUUUCUUUUACAUGUGAACGUAUGGAAAAAGAUUGGAAAAAAGAUGUAUUAAAGGGAUUUGCAUUAGAUAACCGUACACCGUUUGAAACGGAGAAGACGGAUGGUUUUUUAAAAAACAGUGUAUCACAAACACCCCAGACAUCACAAGAUUCAGAAGAGCAGAUGCCAUCGCAUUCUGCAUCAUCUUUUGAUGCUCAAAUUGAAAUACGUGAGCCAUUACGUCAGAAACGGCGUCGGCGAAGAACAACCCCUCAAGAAUUAGCAAUAUUAGAGGAUGAAUAUCUUAAAGAUAAGAAGCCGAAUUUAUUGAAUCGCGAAAGAAUAGCAGCAAAAAUUAAUAGUAUAGUUUCAGGUGAAGAUAAGAUGGGUAGUAGAGAAAUUCAGAUCUGGUUUCAGAAUAAACGUCAAGCAAUGCGUCGUCAGACCUUGCAUUUUGCGUUAUCUGAUGAUCAUAUAGAGACUGUUUCUAGUUUGCAGGCAAUAAAGAACACGUCUCGAUGGGAUACGGAUAAUGCUCGUGUUCAACAACAAGCAGAUCACAAGGUUUCAUCAUUUGGGAAAGCACCUAGUCUCCGCCUUUGUACAAAUGAAGGUGGCAAAGCACAGGUUAUGUUUAAUGUUUUGCGCGAUAAUAAAAAUGCAUUUGCAUUGUAUAAAAAGGAUGAGGAGCCUGAUAACAAAUGUAUGCCAUAUUAUAUGGGUAAGGAAAAUGUUCCUCCUGAUUAUGAAAAAGGUAUUAAAAAGGAAGUGGGCGAGAAUGAAAUAGAAGCAUGUGCACGAAGUUUAGUAGGAUUAGCACGGGGAUGGUAAUUUUUGUAUAGGUUAUAAGGGCAUUUAACACUCUAAAAAGACCAGA